AUGACCCUCAAAAGGACAAACGCUUCUCGGGCACCGUCAGGUUGGCACCGCUCUGACCCCACCCAGCCCUCCGUGCGCCCCCGUGCCCGUCGCCACCCUCCAGGCUCCUGUUGAGCUUGAGACGGGCGGGCGCGGGUGGCACGGACGCGCCUGGGUAGUUCAGACCCCCUGCCCCGGGCAGGCGUGGCUGGACGGACCCCCACCCUGGGUCUUAAAAUAAGAGGGGAGGCGUGGGGAGGCCUUGGCCGAGCCCGCCGGCUAGUUUGAGAAGCCACACUAGCUGUUGGUGAAUGUGGACGUUCUGGGUAAGGCUCCGUGGCUGCAGCGGUCCCAGGCCCCUUCACCUGCUUUCGGAACCCCACGCUGGGCUUGACCUGUUCUGUCCCCCAAAACGCAGGCUUAAGUCCACUCCCCGCCCCAAGUUCUCCGUAUGUGUUCUGGGGGAUCAGCAGCACUGUGAUGAGGCCAAGGCAGUGGAUAUUCCCCACAUGGAUAUUGAGGCGCUGAAGAAACUCAACAAGAAUAAGAAAUUAGUCAAGAAGUUGGAAUCUCUGAUCAAGCAGAUCCCACGAAUCCUGGGCCCAGGCCUGAAUAAGGCUGGCAAGUUCCCUUCCUUGCUGACCCACAAUGAAAACAUGGUGGCCAAAGUGGAUGAAGUGAAGUCCACCAUCAAAUUCCAGAUGAAGAAGGUGCUGUGUCUGGCAGUGGCUGUUGGCCAUGUGAAGAUGACAGAUGACGAGCUUGUGUACAACAUCCACUUAGCGGUCAAUUUCCUGGUGUCCUUGCUCAAGAAGAAUUGGCAGAAUGUCCGGGCUUUAUACAUCAAAAGCACCAUGGGCAAGCCCCAGCGCCUGUACUAAGGCACAGUUCAAUAAAUCCUAGUGCUACCCUUAA